GGUAAGUAUUAUAGUUAAAAUUUUAUGAGUCUAAUUAUGGAUCAACAAUCAAACAACAAACCAAACUUUUUCCAGAAAUCGCCACAGAUUUCGUUUGCAGAGAGCCCUGCUUUAAGCUUAUUUAAGGGCUUCAGUAAGAAUUUAUUAGGGAGUAGUAAUUUGAACUUGACAAAGAAGGUAUCAGAUAUCUCUUUACACAAACCAUCUCCCUGCCUUUCAUCAAUCAAGCCGACACCUCAGUACGAUCCCUUUAGUUUUCUUGGAAAUGGGCCGGAGAGCCUGGCGCUAGACACUAAGCCAAUGAAGUAUAUAAAGCUUGACUUCCUUCCUAUCGGAUCACCUGAGAUAAAUUUUGUUCUGGGUCCCCCAGCAAUGGAUCUACAACAGAAAGGGACCAGCACAAAGAGUAAUUUAUUGGAACCCUCGAAAUCAAUGUUUGCUAAGCAUACUCAAGUCCCUUCUGAUGAGAAGAUUGCCAUCAAGCAUAUCCAGAAUGGUGGCCCCACUAUCUAUGUGACAAAUAAGAGAGUUAACAGAAUUCUUAAGAGACGGAAGAAGAGAGUCGCCUUCUUGAUUGAACACCCUGAGUUCUCCCUCCCCUACAAGUUCAGAACAAAAGGGCCUAGGCAUGAGAGUAGAUCUAAAAGUGCCAAAAAUCGAAGGAGGAAAAUCGAUGGUAGAUUCGCUAAAGUCGGUGAUGUUCCGAUCGAUUUUACCGUGUCUAUUAACGACCCUAACUUGAGGAGCUCAACGCGAGAUCAGUCUGAAGAGGACAUAGUCCGAAAUAAUAUUUAAGCGAUCAUGAAAUGAGUUCUUGUGAAGGAUGAAGUUGGCUAGAAGUCCAUCUAUAUUCUCCUUCAUGGCGAACUCGCUUAUGAAUGGCUAAUUUUAAACAUAGCUAAUAUAUUCUAUAA